GAUAAAAUGUUUUUGUAUUUAUAUAAAAACGCGCACGGUUAUAAGCGCCAGUUUAAAUCUCUUCAGAUACUUAUCAUUAGUUAGCAAACAGCAGUCUCCCAAAAUGGUUAUUACCCCCGAGCAAUUUACCUACCGAGGACUUAUUGCCCCUGUCUUAACGCCUUUUAACAAUGAUAAGAAAAAAAGUUUAAACUUAACAGAUAUUACCAGGUACGCAAAAUUCUUAAAAGAUGCGGGGAUCGAGGGCAUUCUCGUAAAUGGAACCAGUGGAGAGGGUAUGUCAAUGAAUGUCGAAGAAAGAAAAUUAGUGGCCGAAGCAUGGAAGAAAGCUGCAUCCACAACAAACUUGCAUCUAAUGAUUCAAGUUGGGGGUGCACCCUUACCAGACGUCUUGGAAUUGGCAAGACAUGCUGAAUCGCUUGGUGUCGAUUCAAUUAUGACUCUUCCCGAAUUAUAUUUUAAACCCAAAAAUCCAGUUGAAUUGACGCAUUAUUUAAAACUGGUGAGUGCGGCUGCACCCAAUACCCCCUUACUUUACUACCAUAUUCCGCGUUAUAGUGGAGUUUCAGUUCAUAUGGGAGACUUUUUAAACCAAGUAGAUGGUAAAAUAGACACGUUUGUCGGCAUCAAAUUUACAUCAACAGUAUUAGACGAAGGUAUAGCUGCAGUCAGAGCAGGGAAUGGACGAUAUGCUGUAUUUUUAGGGGCUGAUGAUCUAAUGGUUGGCGCAUAUUCAUUAGGUUUCGAUUCUGCUAUUGCAACAUCAUUGAAUAUGUGGCCAAAAUAUGGACUUAAUAUUUUAAAGCAAGUUAAAGACAAUAACGUCAAUAAGGCACUAACAACACAAAAAGAAUUGAGUACCGCAAUAAAACAUGCGAAUCAAUACGGAGAAUGGGUGCCAAUAAUGAAGGCAGCAAUGAAUCUAACAACUCCCAUAAAUGUAGGAGUCCCUAGGGAUCCUCUAUUAACCCUUACGCCACAACAGGUGCAGAGUUUUGAAUCAGAUUUAAGAAAAUUAAAAUUUCUUUAAGCAAUGUAUUAUAAUACACAUUGUAAAGCAUUUGUUAAAUAUUAAAUCAAAUAUAUAUUUUAAUUGAUACUUAA